CAGCGUCGGCACGGCUUAUUAGCAUGUUCAGGCAUGCCUCCAUGGCCUAGUCCAUCUCGACCUGCGUUCUGUUCUUUUUCUUUCUCUCGUUCCCCUGGGCAUAUAUAUUGGGCAUUGACGGAUUUCGGAUUCACGGUUGGGCACGGUGCAAGGUAGGCGACUGUCAUCCGCUGCUGGAAUGACAAUCCGCCAUGGAAUCUUGCCGGUGUCCGGUCGCCACUUUUUCUUUUUCUUUUGCUCUACUCUUUUCACGUCGUUUAUUGGUUCUUCCUGUCGGUUUCCCUUGCAAGAGCUCACAGGAGUCCGGUGUGGUCAUUUUCGUGUUUUUAUGGGCAGUUUCCCUGGGCAACAUCUCGACACCCGGCUGGUCCUGUGUGUUCUUCACUUUAGCACUUGGUGGAGUUGUCUUGCUUUUUCAUUCUCAUCGCCUUACACUGGACUACACCUAAUCUUUAGUGCUUUCUCUCCCCUUCUUUGCGCAUCAGCGUGUUGGUCACUCUUCCGUCGAUUUGUCCCAGUUUGAUACCUUGUGCUUUAUAUAAUCCGCCCUUGUUUUUACUUCUUUUCUUCGUUUUUAUUUUUCUUUGAUCUUGAUUUUUGAUUUAGUCUCUUUCAAAUCACUCAUUUUGGACCAUUUUGAAUUAUCAUUAUUGUUGUUGACCGUCUCCU